AUGGGUAACCAGCAGUCUAAUAUGGGUGGCGGCCCUGGAGGAGAUGGACGCGAUGAUAAGGACAAGAAGAAGGACAAGCCGAGAUACGAGCCUCCUCCACCACCUACCACUCGCAUUGGACGAAGGAAGCGCAAGGCUGCCGGUCCCAGCACGGCCUCCAAGCUCCCAGACAUCUACCCUACGUCGAGAUGUAAGCUGCGCUAUCUUCGAAUGCAGCGGGUGCACGAUCACCUGCUGCUAGAGGAGGAGUACGUUGAGAAUAUGGAGCGGCUUCGCAAGGCCAAGGCCCAAGCUACCCAGGGUCCUGCCCGGAGUGAAGAUCCUGAUAUGUCAGACCGAAAUGCGGAUGAGCGGAGUCGAGUCGAUGAUAUGCGAGGCAGUCCGAUGGGCGUCGGUAACCUGGAGGAGCUGAUUGACGACGACCAUGCCAUCGUUUCCAGCGCAACAGGCCCCGAGUACUACGUAUCUAUUAUGUCCUUCGUCGACAAGGACCUCCUCGAGCCCGGUGCGAGCAUUCUGCUACAUCAUAAAUCUGUCUCUGUCGUCGGUGUCUUGACGGAGGAGUCCGAUCCGCUGGUGUCCGUUAUGAAGCUGGAUAAGGCUCCUACCGAGUCAUACGCCGAUAUUGGCGGUCUAGAGGCUCAGAUCCAGGAAGUUCGAGAGGCCGUCGAACUGCCGCUACUACACCCUGAGUUGUACGAGGAGAUGGGUAUCAAGCCACCCAAGGGUGUUAUUCUUUACGGUGCGCCUGGAACAGGAAAGACGCUGCUGGCCAAGGCUGUUGCCAACCAAACAAGCGCCACCUUCCUGCGCAUUGUCGGAUCCGAGCUGAUCCAGAAAUACCUCGGUGAUGGCCCGCGUUUGGUCCGUCAGAUCUUCACCGUCGCCGCCGAGCACGCCCCGUCCAUUGUAUUCAUUGACGAAAUCGAUGCUAUCGGUACGAAGCGUUACGAAUCCACAUCCGGUGGUGAGCGUGAGAUCCAGCGUACCAUGCUGGAGCUGCUUAACCAGCUGGAUGGUUUCGAUGACCGUGGUGAUGUGAAGGUCAUCAUGGCCACCAACAAGAUCGAGACUCUGGACCCGGCUCUGAUCCGACCUGGUCGUAUCGAUCGAAAGAUUCUAUUCGAGAAUCCUGACCAAAACACCAAGAAGAAGAUCUUCACCCUGCACACGUCAAAGAUGUCCCUCGGCGACGACGUCGAUCUCGACGAGUUCAUCAACCAGAAGGAUGAUCUCUCCGGUGCGGAUAUUCGGGCGAUUUGUACUGAGGCUGGUCUCAUGGCUCUGCGGGAGCGUCGCAUGCGGGUGCAGAUGGAUGACUUCAGGGCGGCUCGGGAGCGCAUCAUGAAGACAAAGCAGGACGGAGGCCCCGUGGAAGGAUUGUACUUGUAA